AUGGUCAUCUUUCGGUUUAUUGGCUAUCUUGCCGCUAAACCACCCAAGGUCUCAGCUUUGGGGAAGAGUGGUUUCUGCAUCGUAGUCCUGGGUGAUAUUGGUCACAGCCCACGCAUGUUACUUCAUGCUAGAAGCGCACUCGAUGCAGGCUGGAGAGUAGAUGUCAUAGGCUAUAAAGGGUCGCGUUUGCCCGAGGACAUUGAAAACCAUCCUUCGGUCCAAUUCCAUUUCUUGCAAGAGCUUCCCCGUGUUGCUGAGAAUAUGCCACGCAUCUUUUACUACCUUUAUGCCCCUAUUAAAGCUGUACUCCUUGCCUUUCAGCUCUUUAUCGUCGCCAUGUUCCAGGUCGCUGCACCGGAGGUCUAUGUUGUUCAAAACCCUCCCUCAAUCCCUACACUUCAUGUAAUGCAGAUCGUCAACUGGCUUAAGCAACGUCACUUGGUCAUUGAUUGGCAUAACUAUGGCGCUUCUAUAGUUGCCAAGCGUUUAGGUCAAGCAAGUAUUUUCACAAAAUUAGUAGCAGUAUACGAACGUAUGUGGGGGUUUAAGGCUACCAUUCACAUAUGUGUUAGUCGGACUAUGGCCCGUGACUUGCUGUACAAAUACGAAAAGCGUGGAAAAGUCAUCACUUUAUACGACCGAGCCCCCGAAAGCUUUCGUCAGCUGAAUGUUAAUGAAAUUCAUACUCUCCAUAGUAAACUGAAGCUUGAAAAGCUAGUUCAAGAGCAACUAUCGAGUGAGUCUUUCUUGCCCACAAUCAAUGCCAACCAAACCUUGCUGACUGAGAGAAAAUCUGCAGAAGAACCUGCCACAUUCCGUGCAGACCGCCCUGUCUUGAUUGUCUCAAGUACCAGCUGGACUGCAGACGAAGAUUUCCAAGUACUUUUAGAUGCCGCCAAGCAAUAUGAUGAUCUAUCGAAGCUUGAGAACACAGAGAACAACAAGCUGUUCCCUAAGCUCUUAUUUGUUAUCACCGGAAAAGGACCAUUGAAACAGUACUAUGAAGAAAUUAUCAGCAAGGCAAACUUUACGAACUUACGAUUCAUUACGACAUGGCUUGACCCCGAGGAUUACCCCUUACUGCUCGGCUCUGCUGAUUUGGGUAUUUCAUUACACACAUCAACUUCAGGUAUGGAUUUACCAAUGAAGGUCGUUGACAUGUUUGGCUGUGGUCUUCCUGUCUGUGCCUUCAAAUACCCAGCACUUUCGGAACUUGUAAUCGCCAAGGCAAAUGGUCUGAUCUUUGAAAAUGCUAAUGAAUUGAAAAGUCAGCUGGUGCAUCUCUUCAGGGGCUUCCCCUUGGCUACGCCCGAGACACAUAUUCAAUUGCAGCGUAUGAGAGAUGUCAUUAAGACGACCUUUCAAUCAACGAGGUGGGAGCAGAACUGGAACACAGUUUUGCUACCCUUACUCCGGAACCUGGAUAAGACCUGGAGCGACUCUCAGAUGUAUGCAGAGAACCCUGUCUACGGCUUGGGCCCACGCUAUGAUGUCGAGUCUAAUAGUGAUGAAGAUUUUAAGAGUGAGGAGUUGGAGAGUGAGGAUGAAGCAAAUGACUGA